AUGAAACGGGGGCGAGUGGCAACGCGCGGCUCGACGCGUCGUGCGCUACGACGCAAGAACAUUGUGCUGGACGAAGACGACGAGGAGGAAGAAGAGGAAGAGGAAGAGGAGGAAGAAGAGGAAGAGGAGGACGAAGACGAGGAGGACGAAGACGAGACGCCGUUGCCAAAAUUGACGCGUGCGCAGGCCAAGAAACAGGAGGAAGAGGCCAAGCGGAAGAAAAAGAAGGGCAAGAAGAAGGACGAGGAGGAGGAGGAACAAGAGGAUGAGGACGAGGAGGAAGAGGACGAGGAGGAGGAAGCGGACGUUUUUGUAGGGAGACGUCGAACGGGUCGUGGGCGCCAACAAAAAGAGUCGAAGGUACAAGAGUUGGAAAGUCCUCCUCGAAAGAAACAUAAGCGCAAGAUCAUUGACUCAGAAGAGGAGGAGGAAGAAGAACAAGAAGAACAAGAACAAGAAGAAGGAGGGGGCGAUGAGAAGGAGCAGCUGGAGAUCGACGAGGACGAAGAAGAGGAUCAGGAAGGGGGCGGAAAAAGCAAGACGAGAGAGGAGGUGGAAGAUAAAGAUGACGAAGAGGAAGAGGAGGAAGAGGAGGACGAGGAGGACGAGGAGGAUGACGAAGAAGAAGACGGGGACGAGGAAGACUAUGAGAAAGAUGCAGAUGAAGACGAUGAUGACGACAACAUGGACGAAGAGACGGAGAAAGCGAAGGCUCGGAAAAGAAGUGCGCCGGUGUGGAAAGGGGUGAAAAAGUCGACGUUGAUACGAAAGACGAGAGCAAAGACUGCUGCAUUUACCAUUAGCCAUCGGCAGGUAUCUGCGGCAAAACCACGGAUGAAUAAAGGUCGACAGAUCCGCGAAAAGAUCGCCCAGAGUUCCGAGAGUGAGGAGCAAGAAGGGCAGGACUCUCAAGCCGUGGAGAAAGGUGCUGGAAGGACGAAGAUCAGAGAGGAUGAAUCUUCGCUGAGUGAGAUAUCGUCUGCAGCCGCGACGCCGUCAUCAUCUCCGGCUAAGCGCAAGAGCUUGUCGAUUGAUACGCUGAUGAACGACGCUAAUGAGGGCGACGACCGUAGCGGUCAAGUUCGUGUCAGGAUGACACCAGUAUCGGCAUCUGCAUCAGAUGCUGGUACGGAUGGCGACGAAGUUCCAGACCAAUACUUUCGUGGGGCACUUAGUGGGGCCACAACGGAGUCAAAAAUAAUGGAGGUUAUGACUGAGGCAUGUGGUCGACUGCUGCGAGAAGGCAAGUCUCCAAGUCGACUGUUGUCCAUAGGCUUGCUCAGUGCUGUGAAGGAAGGCCCAACGCGGUUUGGACAACCUGCCGUACUCAAAUAUCUGCUGCGGCUGCUUCGGUCAAAGCACUACAUUGGGAAAAAAGAUUUGAUCGAUCAUGGAAGCAAGCCAAACGGGACUACAUCACUGGGGUCAGGACAACUUCCGGGAGCAGCGGAGUAUCAUCAACUGCCGCUUCCUGUGCUGGUGACAAAUGUGCUGUUUCAAGUCAUGAAGGACACGAACGAGUGGCCGGUCGAUAGCGUCAAAGUAUUCCUUGAUGAUUCCCUAUAUUCACGAGUCUGGGUUGACCACGAGCUCAGCCAGCUGUUUGUUCAAAACGUGAAGACAGUGCUAGAAACAGAAAGCAGCGAUGAGCAAAUUAUUCAGCCUCUGGUUCGACAACGUUUUCGAUGCGCCAAUGUGGCGCAAGAGAUGAGAAAUCUUAUCACCACUCACGUCAAAUCGCGUCUUGUGGAGCUGAAUAAGGAACGGUCCGGCAAUUUGAGUGGAUCCGCUGUCAUUGGUGGCAACCAUGCAGUUCGAAAUAUGAUACUAACGCUCACUGACUUUGCUACAAUUCCUCAAGUGCGGGUACUUGGUGCUGAGAAUUUGGAAGUGUGGCUGCAAAACCCGUCCGUGAAAGGCCCAGCGAAAGAGUUACUGAACAAGAUCGUGUCGCUCUGCAAAUCGACAAGCUCUUACGACAUUGCUACGGUGGACCUGCUUAUGAAGCUAAAACUAAAGUCAACCAUGUUUCAGCUGAAAGUCGAAGUCAUCACGCAUCUCGUGUGCAAUCAUCCCGUGUACCUAAAGCGUGCACUUUCGAUUUUUAUUGCCCGAGAGCGUCUCAGCAAUAUUUCGCGAGACGUGGACAACAUCAAAGUGCUUCAGCACAUAUUCCGUGCGUCACGCUCGGCACCUACUGUGUUAGUCCUAGGGAACUCGGACGACCUGUUUUACCGUCGCCCCGCAGAACAUCGCGGAACUCUUGCCAGUCGGGAGCUAGCACGCGUCUUUCGAGAAAUGGCCAGCAUCUCCGACGUAGCUCCAGUGCUGAAGACGAUUGUGCGCAAGAUUCUCAAGCAGCUGACAUUCGAACAGGUUGACAUAAAAGCGUUGUGCGUUGGAAUGCUCAAUAACGAUGGUCACUGGGAUGCGUUGGCGGGUGACGCGCGGAUCUUGGACUACAUGGGACUCAUCACUGGUGUCGUCUGGCUGAUUUUGCUCAUGCGGGGAGCAGCUGUAAAAAGCCUUCAGAUCCAGCAGUCUAAUGCAUCAAAUCGUCAGGGCACUGGGUCGGCUGCUCUCGGUUCGUCUGGUCUGAAGCAUGGUGGUGCUCAAGCUGCGCCCCGUCGUGGUGCCAACCCACCACUUUUGGUCUCUAGGGCAAACAGACUUGGUCCUCAAAAAGCCAAGCAGUCAUUGAGUAAACCUUCGCUCUCGUCGAACCACCCCGCGGUUGGUGGGAACGCUAGUGCCUCUAGUAGUCAAGGUUCCAACGGAAAUAGCGGCAGCAACGUGAAUGGCGGCGCACCACCUGAAGCGUCAAAAACAGUGAAAAUGUCUGUGUGGGCCAAAGAAGAACUACAACAAGCACUUGCCUUUGUGCAGCGAGAGGCAAUACUGUGUUGCCGUGACGUCUUCACGCACUUCGGGCUCAGCGGUGACGCGCCUUUCGAGAAGAUGCUUUACGAAAGCAUUGUCAAGAAACUACUGUUUCUUGAAAUGCCAACCGAUGUGCAACCAACAGAGCACGAUCGAACCUGUUUCCAAGCAACGCAAGAGGAUAUUCCUGUUCACCCCGACUCGUUGAAACUGCUAACGAGCCUAUAUGUAUCAUGCAAGGCUGUUGACUGCAUGGAAGCUCUCCGGACGCUGGAAACUGUCGUUUUCCGCGGCGCCGAGGCUCAUAUGCACCGUGAAGCUUUGUGGCGCCACCACGAGAAUGAUUUGACUUCAUAUGCUCGGAAUGGCGGUGUGCUUGGCAUUGAAUUGAACGACAGUCAAUUUGUCCAGCAGUUGCUACAACUGGCAAUGUGGCAAGGUGGUGAUGACAAGCAAGAGCAACAAUUUUGCCACUCAAGUCGCUUUUGGAUUUGCUGUUCUAUUUUGUUGGUUGUUGGAUGCUUCAACCCCGACACGGUGGGCGCAUCCUUAUGGGAGGAUUUCCCGACUUUGCGAGGAAUGAUGCAGAUGAUCAUUACUGGUCGAUACACGUUCCCCGCUGUAAAGGCCCCCGAUCUACUGUUACUCGGGAAGCACAGAAAUGCGUUUCCAGACCUGAUCCAAGGUAAUUUGCAGCUGCGGGAUUAUGAACAGCAGUUUUUGCAGCUGAACCAAGCAGACCCAUCUGUGACAGAGGACCCCCUCAUGCUGUUUGAUGCCUGCGGGUUGGCACGCCAACCGCCGCCAGCGAUUUUGGAGCACUUGCGCACCUUGGAUCUCAAGUUUAAGCUUGGCACUCGUCUCCGACAGAGCCGUAAGAAAGAUUUUCUCAUGGAAAUGGUCUCUGGAAACGAUGACAAACAGAUGGCGCUGAAUGCCAGCCCGGCAGACAGCUCAAAUGAUAGUGCGUCGUGGAUCGCAGAUGUUGUGUGCGAGGACUUCAAUACUGUGCAGUACCUCCCGCAUGGGUGCUUGUGUCAACUGCUUCUUCAUGCACUACGCACCAACAACUCUCGUGAAAACAUGCAAGGACAUGCGCCGUCAAAUGUACCAGCUUCGACUCAAAUAAUUCCGCGCUUACUGGAAAAGCUGCGCGAAUACCUCGCUGACGAAAAAACUAGCUCAGGGGUGGCAUCUAGUAUUAUCUUGUACUAUCUGGAAUGCCUGAAUUCCCCCGAGUUGGCUACGCGUCGAGUAGCUGGUCAUGUUUUGUUUUUGCUGACUGCGCCUCGCACCGUUGAUGAAUUAUUGAACGAAAGUUUUCGAGUCGGUGCUACUUUCGGUAAAGAAAGCAGCUUGAGCUUCUCAUGGCUUCGCGAUUUGGCAAAGCUAUCGUGCUAUGGCAAUAUUCGUAACCGAAUAUCUCGCUCCUUAGAAAACUUACUAGAGCUGGAAGCAUCUAUUCCGUCACUCGGCACAUGCAUGAAAGCAUUGCACGAUUUCUCGAAAGAUUGGAGCGAUGUAGCAACUCGCGCUGGUGCGUUGGAACAUGGCAAGACGGAUGACGAUACGAAUUACCCACAAAAAAGCGCUAUCGAGCAAUCGCUGCUGCUGGCGGGGGCAUAUGGAAGGCUUCUAGCUGGGCGUGAUUUGGUCGCAACACUACUGCUCAAGGACCACGAUAUUUAUGUCAUCGCAGUGGAGGUAAUAUGGCGUGCGAUUGAAUCGCAGCUGGAGAUUGCUCCACAACUUAAGGCAACGUCAGGAAUCAGCUUUUCAGACUGCAAGGUGUUCUACGUGACCGACGGGGCGAACACCAUUCGUGAGAUCAAGCUUCCCCUCGCGAUUAUCCAUGGUGCCAUUCAGGUCCUUUGCUCACCACACGCACACAGCGAUCUAUCUACACGCGACAGCAACCGGACAGCUACAUGCUUAGCGAGGCUGACGCAGAGCUUGUUCCCGAAAGCGACGUCGAACGCAGCUAUCUUAUCUAGCACUGGUCUUGUUGCUACAAAGGAUUCGCGCCUGUAUCCAGACCACUUGCUGAUCAAACUUGCAGUAACAACCUCGUCAACGACGUCACACCUUUGCGCUGCCGCCAUUCGCGCAAUGUCAAACGACGCACUAUGGAGUCUUCUCGACCAGUCAGCUCUCACCAGCCGUUGCCUCGAGAUGGCGUUGCACAUUAUCCUCGAGACGAUACAGAAGUUCGAGAGCAAAGCCGUUGCUAGCUUGCUCGCAGUGACCAAGGAGUCGGAUAUUUCGGCUGCAGCGGGCGUUGUACUGAUGCAAAUAAGUGUCUACGACGCGAUAGACUCGCUCGCACCGGCCGUAGUUGAGAGUUUGAAUGCACUGCGAAGUUGGCUGCAAGUACGGUACGAAGUUGAUGGCAGUAUGGAUACCGACGAAGACGAUGAGGAGGAGGCUCUCUUGCUAUCUGGAGGGUUUACAACGUUCAAGAUUGAUGCAUCCGGGCCUUGUGCUACACUUGGCACAUCUCCGUUUUACACAGAACCGAUGGUUGAAAAUGUUGCCAAGCCGGCACGACGUAGUGUCGAGCACCCGCAAGGUGAUGUCACACUAUUCGAGAAUACCUACUUCAGUUUAGCGGACUGUUGGAACGCAAAAAACGAUGUGGUUGAACCUGAUGUCAGUGCACCUUGCCUCAACCGUUUGGUAAAAGAGUUGAAGAAAAACUCUAGCACGGGGUCUUCACCAGCUACCAUGGUCCCCGUGGACUUUGUUGUAGCCGCAAGCCAAUUGGUGCGACGGUCGUGCCCGACGAGUGAGGACAAGGAAACGUGUUCUGCGGCUGACACAUGGACUUUGCUCACGUCUUUGCUUCAUUUUGCUCGCUCUUCUUGCAACUCAGCAACUGCCGCUACCCAACUUGCCAAGGCGUUGUUUCAUGUGACGGACCACUUACCAACUUGUACAAGUGUUUCUCACCGCAAGGAAUGCAUUGGAUUCGUACGUCAUAUACUUGACAAUCUUGGCGAACAUUUUGCUGGAUCGUACUCGGCUUGUGUCAGCUUUAUCAGGCAUUUGUCGCAUAUCUCCACGUCUGAGGGUCGCUACGAGCUUGACGAUCCAGUAACGGCUCUAGAUGUUUUGGCAGUACUUGAGCUGGUAGUGCAGUUUAUCGAUGAAAGUCUUACUUGGUGGAAAAGUCGCGGCAAAGUCCUUCAGCUGGACGCCAUGACGCUUCACGGUUUGGUGGUGCUUGUGAAAGAAGUCAAGGUACUUGAACGCCUUCAAGUCGAUACGAGGAAUCUGUCAAGGCCUUGUGCCGCGGACCUCCUGACGCGCAUCGCGCAUGACCAGGGGGGCGAUAGUACGAUGCUGAACCUGUUGGAUCCGAUCAUGACAGCUGACCCGCAACUCGGACACAUCCGUGGUGUUGUCACUACCCACGCAGACGUCAAGCGGGAACUCAUCGGAGCCUUGUACUUCCAGAAUCCCCGGCUGGUGGCUGAACUCAUGAGUGCUCUCGAUCCAGACUGGGAGUCGUUUGUGAUCGUAGACGCCGCGGAUAAUAGUUCAAACCAGCAGCGUGAGCUGGUCAUUCAGGAUCGUCGGUUAUUGUCCCAGGUGGAUGAUACCCUGCACGACUUGACAAAGGAUGGAACUGAGGUCAUCGAACGAUUUCGAGAGCUUGCUAGACAUCACCCGAAAUUAGUGUUGUCACGAUUUCCUCGGCAGCUCAUGCAGUACUUCGGCACUUUAUCGCUCUCACAGCUUUAUCUCAACACAACGCUGUUCCAGAAUAUUUUGAGCGCCAUGCAAAUUACGUGGCCUCACAUACGCCACCAGCGGAGCGUGAUGACACCGUUUUGCCAGUUCCUGUUCGAGAUCCUGCGGGUCGUAGCCGAUCAUCAUGCUGUCGAGUUCUACCAACUCGUGUCUCACACAUGGGAGUUUUUCUAUGACGCUCUAGAGGCUGACUUCGAUCUUGCGAAUGACCUGAUCUUCUCGGCACCGCGUAUCGUCUUGUUGGAAAGCAUUGUGAGUAUGUUUGAUUCGCAGCCGGGAACAAAAGCGUUUGGGGAAAUUUUGGCGCAGCGUCACGAUGAAGAAGACUUGUAUGCGACGCUAGACAUGAUCCGAAAGCGACGUGACUACCAGCCAUCGGCAGCGACCCAAUACGAUCAGAUUGAGCAGCUGAUAGCUCAAAUUGAGAGCGAAGACUUUGUGCUUGCUUCGGGCAACAAGUCGUUGACCGAGCGUGUCGACAUGACAGUCAUUACCCAAGGACUGCGAGCUAUCGAUGUUUUGUGUGCGAAGGCGGACCAGGGGGCAGCAGGGGUGGCUUUGUUGCGGCGCUGCGCAGCACCAGUGGCAUCACUGCUAGUGACCGAGAUGGUGACAAAACCAAUGAUGGCCCCGCUGUGCCAAACCUUGCUGAUCCUGAUGAGGAACGACUCAGUCUGUGUCGACGAAGUCAUGCGCUCCUACGUCAAGUGCCUGCGCUGUGUGCGAGCUGGACUGAAGGAAGCUGCAAUCAACGCCGUUCUCGAGUUCCUCGUGUUUGCUGACGCGCAGCAGCGGCGACAGAUCCUGCAGCAACUCUUUGACGACCCGAGCGAAGUUGCCAAGAGUAAGCUCGGACUAUAUUUGAAGAGCACGGCGUUCCGCUCGUCACUCCUUGUAGCAUCAAAGCUAUCAACGACGUAA